AUGCUGUGUGGACUGGAACUUAGUCCUGGUCUGCAAGGAAAGUCGGCGAGUAUCUGCUUAAGCAUAGAUGGCAGAGCGAAGAAGUGGAUCGUGUAUCCACACCCCUACCUUCGGGUACAGGGAGAGUUAAUACCAACUUUAACCAUUAGCCAAGUCUACAAGUACUUAGGCGUUAACAUCUCGCCACAAAGUACAAAGGCAACCAUUGCGGAUACGCUCAAGCAGGGGCUGAGUAACAUCUCUAAAGCCUCACUGAAGCCGCCACAGAGGCCAUAUACUGCUAACUGCCAUCUGUUUCCCAAGCUACUCCACCAGCUUACUCUAACACUGUCAUCUGCCAAGUACUUGAAAUGGCUCGAUUGA